AUGCAGAACGUCUUCAUUUCACCCGCCACGACGAUGGCACACAAACCCAUGGGCGCAGACAACACGCCCGAUUACGAGGUCAGCGACGGCGAGCUCUCCUUCGGCGUCGAGCUUGAGUUCCUCUUCUACUACAGGGACUCUCGGCUCGACGACUGGCAAGAUCCCGAGGCUCUCGUCGUCGAUGAUGAAGAGGAACGCGCCCUCCCCCCAGCACUCGUACUCCCCGAUGACGUCGACUACAUCGAGGACACCUACGACGGGUGGACCCCCGACGACGAAAACGAGGAGCGCCGAGGGGCCGAGGGCAGCCAAGAGGGCGAGGGCGAGGGCGGGCACGUUGGGGAGCCCAAAAAGACACCGCGUUCUUGGGCAGCCGGCCUCAUCGAACAUGCCAUCCUCAGCGUGCCGGGCGCCAAACUCGAGCGGUCGCGCACGCCCGGCCGCGCAAUCACACCGCAGCAUGCCCUGAUCGACCGCUUCCGCCUGCGCGUCAACCUCACCACCGGACUGCACUGCCACGUGGGGGCAGGGAUCGAACCAGCCGAGGACUUCAACAGCCGCCACUCCGAGGCUCCGGAGGGGGGUGCACAAACAGAAGAGGCCCAAGCGGAGGGGGGGGGUGUCCAACCUAAAAGCGUAGCGGUCCGCAUGGCCAGGCACCCACUCGGGGUCUUCAAGCGCGCGGCAGCCCUGAUGUGGGCAGCAGACGGCUUCAUGGCCCAGGUCUUCCCACCCGAACGCAGCCUCAGCGAGUACGCGCCACCCAUCAGCUUCUGCUCCCGCCUCGCGCACGGCAUCCAACUCCGCUACUACCACGACUCCCAGCACAACCUGCAAACCCACGAGCGACCCCUCCCCCCAAGACCACCCUAG